UACUUCAUCGUCAUAAAGUGAUCAAAAAUCGUUCGUAGGCGUCUCUUUUCGCCAUCGUUCCUUUUCUCUUUUUCUUUCUCGUCAUCAUACGCACAGUCGUUACGAUAUCGAAUUGAGGAGAAAGCACACUUAUCUGGAACGGACAUUCCAACAGAUACGAUCAAACAAAACCAACAAGGACAAUUUUUAUCAUCUAACAACAAAAUCUAUUUUUUGCUUCUUCAAUCCAACUUUCUCUUCGGAUCGCAUUCACCCUUGACGGGCAAAUUCAUCGAGGGUAAUUCAGCACAUUCGUUUGAUACUUCCAGCACGUUAAAGUUCUAUCCAUCCCGCUCAGCAAAAUCAUCGGAAAUUUUAGCACAUCUUCUCAUUUCAAGCAAUCUAUGAACGUUUUGUAAACUCUUUUUUUAUCGCAUCUUCGACAUUCCUUUUCACCUUUUGCUAAACAUGGACGCCCAUACCCUCAAUGCCUGGACUCGAUUCGCCCUACAAAAAGGAGGAAUUGGGUCAUGUACUGCAUUGAUCGAUAAUCCUGCUACAGACCUAGAGGAUCUCAUGUUUAUGGCCGGUGAAAAGAUUGUCGUUCUUCGUAGACUGGAUGAUGAAGCACAAUCGGAAAGCAGUAAAGGAAGAGGUGUGAUCUCAGACGCUGAUGCUUGGUUCUUAGGAUAUUGCGAAGGCGUCGUUGGAAGAUUCAAAGGCGCACAUGUUCAAUUUCAUGGCAAACUAAAGAAGCCGGUUUUAAUGCGGAGAAGCGGAGUGGGCGCUAUUCGUGAAUCAACUUUACGACCGAUGAGUAAAUCUGAAGCGGCCAACUUACAUGCUUCUCAAGUACCACCAGGAAUACCCGUUACUGCUGUCGAUUCUGACGAAGAGGAUGGUUCAAUCGAAACAUCUGGAAGUCGUAAAAGUACACAAGUAAAUCCAGACACUACUCGAGAUCAAAAGUAUAAUGGCAAGACUGUAGGCCCUUCAUCCACAUCAAUCGAUCGACAUCGCGCUGAAGAAUCCCUUUCAUCCAACAAAGGCUUGAACGGAAAAAUGGCUCGCCUUGGAGUGACAACACCUCCUCUUUCUGACGAAAGUCAUGCUCGUGCUGCAAUUGCACGGAAAGCCAGCAUUGCAGAUGACAGCGACUCAGAUGACGAAUCUGAUACCCAUCUUCCCUGGGCUCGCGCAAGUACAGCAAGCAAUUUCAGCUCGGCCUCUCACGAUACACCUACAAAGGGUAAUGGCUCCGAUCCGCAUCAACAAUCAUUGGCUCAGGGAACCCUAAGCAGCAAGGCUAUCGCGAAUUUGAAUAUGAGUAACACAUUGCCUCCUUCACCAAUUUCAUCCGCAGAAUCACCUUUAACGAGUAAAUCUGCCGAGCACGGAAUACCGCCUUCAGGUUCAUUCGAGGGCGUCAUUCCGCGCAUUCGUGCACCUGGCUCAGGUCAUAAACAAAAUUCAGACUCCGUCUCAACAAUGACAACUUCUGAAUCAGAAGAAGACGCUCGCCGUAAGGAUCACGCUCUUUCCAUUUACGAGAUUUACGGUCGUGAUAGUGUUGCUUUCCCAAACUUUGACUUCAGAUCCUUGAAUGGAAAGACGAGCAGUUUGGGUGGUAGAUUGACACCCGCCAAAUCUGCCGAAUCUCUCAGCGUUCCACGCAGCACACCUGCUUCUCCUCUACUUCCAGUUGACAGCUCAGAAUUAGGACAAAGACAGCCUGCAAUCGCUUUACGAGCUUCGUCUAAUCGAAGGCCAACGGCAGCACCACCUGUACCAACGGGGCAAGUUGCUUCAAGCUUGAGAAGAAAGGCGGAAGCCGGUAGUGCAGCCUCUUCAAGCGAUCACAGUCUCGGAAUGACUGCAAGUGGAAGUGGAAGCGGUAGUUUUGGUACAUUCGACCCUCGCAGACGGCCAUCUAUGGGAAAUUUGAACAGCGCCCGUCAUCAAGCGGGCAGAGGGCCAAUGUCACCUCAAGAUGCAAGAAUGCCUGGUAUGAGCGGCGACGGUUCAAACUUUGUACCACCUAUGCCUGCAGCUAUGGAAGACUCGAACCAUUUCAGGAGACCGUCGAGCGAUCGUGUUCUUGGCAGUAAUCUUUUGGCUAGACGCGCACAAGAAAGCGGACCAAUGAAUGAUGGACCAUCAAUGCUUAUCGAUACGCAAAAUGUCUCUCGACCAAACAAUCAGCGCAACGAUUCGUUCAUGAGAGUGACCGAAGGUGCUCUCCCCUCGCCAUCUGCUGCCAAUUUCAGACGCACAUCAUCCGAUCGGACGUCGCAUCGUGAACGGGUAGGAAGUGGUCAAUUGAGAAAGAAUCCCAGUAAUCCACAACCCGGUCCUCAUGGCGGAAUGACUGCACUGAUGAUCCCCCCUUCAAAUUCCAACCAUCAAGGUCAAAAUAAUACUCCUUCCCGUAGCCCAAGCCCCUUGUCUGCACAAUCUGUAAACGGCACAGGGAUGCGCCCUUAUUCACCUUCAGGAGCAUUGUCUGCCUCGCCGAGCAAUAACUCUCAAAAUCCAGCAUUAGGAUCGUCACCUUCUCGUUUACCGUCUCCACUAUCACCUAAUUCACAGGCACAACUACCGCUUGGAAGACAACCUCAAUUCGGUGGCCCUCAAGAAGGUGUAAACAGUCCUACAAAAAUGUUUUCUGGUGCUAAUGCUCCUUUUGCCAAUAUCAAUCCUGCCAAUGUCUCUUUUGAUAAGCUUGGGUUCCUCAUCGGAACAAGUCCACCGUUCACCACUCCGAUGGAAGACGCAGAAGAUAUGAAAGUAUGGCGUCAACUUGUAGCAGAGAAUAAUGUAGAAAGCGCAAAGAAGGGCAGAAAAGUCAAAAAGAUGGUUCAUAACGGAAUUCCUCAUUCUAUGCGAGCAACCGUUUGGCCUUUCUUGGCAAGUGCUCAUGUACGCAGACGUCCUGGUCUAUUUGAAGAACUGUGCAAAGUUUCUCAAAGUGCAAAGGGCAAACGUGGAAAAGAAGCAUUAUACGAAGCUAUCGACAAGGAUCUUGAUCGUGCUUAUCCUGAUCAUAAACAAUUCAUGGGCCCUGAAAGUACAGGUGUUGCCGAUCUUGAAGCGAUUCUCAAAGCAUACGUUCAUUACAACCCAAUCGUUGGCUAUACUCAAGGUAUGAAUUUGGUAGCAGGCUUUUUGCUCAUUCAAAUGCCGGCCGAGGAAGCAUUCUGGUUGAUGUGCGCUUUAUUGCGUGAUGUUCACAUGGAAGGAUACUAUUCCGGUGAAAUGAAACAAUUGCAUGUUGAUGGAAUCAUAUUUGGUCAAUUGCUUCAAGCAAUGGAUCCUGAACUCGCCGCACGUUUGAUCGAGCUCAACGUUGAACCAAUCAACUUUGCACCAAAUUGGCUUUUACCUUUGUUCUCAAGAAUUCUUCCAUGGCAAACUCUCUUACGUGCUUGGGAUGUUUUCUUCUUUGAAGGACCAUCUUGGAUCUUGCGGGUUGCAUUAGCAGUCGUUAGAAUCUUACGUGAUCCAUUGAUGGAUAAACGAGUAUGCCCAGGUACAGGAGAAGCAUUACGAUUAUUGCUGCAUCCACCGCAACAAUUAUUGACGCCUGAAAAUGUGAUCCCAUGCGCAUUGAGCGUGAAAUUGAAGGAUGGAGAAAUGCGUAAAUUAGGACGUCAAGCAUCCAAAUUGGUUCGUAGUACCGUUUUGAAUCAAGCCACAAGAGGACGAUCACAAUCGGUAAGCGCAUCAAGCGUUUCAAGAUCUUCUUCUGCGCCACCCGUUAAGCGUCAACAUGCUGGUCAAUAAGCACGCUUUUCGAGAGAAGAAGAAGAAGAGGCCUUUUUCCAAAAAAUUGCUUAAAGCAAAGGACAAUCCUUAAUUAUCAAAAUAUACCUUGUAUAUUCUCUCUCUACCUCUCUUUUUUCUUUCUUUCGCAGACCUAUCAACGUACAUAGUAUUUGAAUUGCAUCUGCAUCAUCCUCUUUUUUCCCUACCUUUUACUGUCUAUCCCCUCUCUCUGAUCACUUUGGUAACCUUGUAAAGUAAUGGAAGGUCACACAUACACAUCAUCAUCAAUAUUGCAGUUCUUAUCACAUUCUCAUUAGCUU